AUGGCACCAGACGAGCUAAGAAUACGGAACAAACUGAAGCGACAAGAGCUGUUUGCUGAUCUUAAGGAUCAAAAAAACAAAGAACGUCAUGGCAUGCGCAGAACUCGUGCAAAGGAGGAACGUGAAAACCCAGAGUUAAAGGCUAAAAGACUCGAAGAAAACGUAACAAACACCAUCGAUAGCCUUCGUGUAUACGAUGAAACCAUCAAUCAGCCUACAGAAGGCGAAGAAACCGAUUUCGCUCGUUUUUUCAACAGCGGCACAGAACCACCAAAGAUCUUGCUAACGACCAACGUUAACGCCAAGAAAAAAGCAUACGAGUUUGCCAAUGUGCUGAUUGAAAUUCUGCCCAACGUCACUUUUGUGAAAAGAAAGUUCGGCUAUAAACUCAAGGAAAUAGCAGAGUUCUGUAAUAACCGGAACUACACGGAUUUGGUGAUCAUCAAUGAAGACAAGAAAAAGGUUACAGGGCUGACUUUCAUCCACUUGCCCGAUGGACCAACUUUCUACUUCAAAGUGAGCUCCUACGUCGAGGUACAGAAAAUUGUGGGCCACGGAAGACCCACUAGCCACAUACCAGAGUUGAUUCUCAACAAUUUCAACACUAGACUCGGUAAAACAGUCGGUAAGUUGUUUCAAUCUAUUUUCCCACAAAAUCCAGAUAUCGAAGGUCGCCAGGUAAUAACUCUACACAACCAAAGAGACUAUAUUUUCUUCCGGAGACACCGGUACGUAUUCCGCAACGAAGAGAAGGUUGGACUGCAGGAACUGGGACCACAGUUCACGUUGAAACUUCAACGUCUGCAGCACGGUAUCAAGGAGGAAACCGAGUGGGAGCACUCGGCCUCUAUGGACAAGGAAAAGAAGAAGUUCUAUCUGUGA